GCGAGAGGGGAGUUGUUGGUUCAUGGAUGGAUGACCCUGCUGCUCCCAGUUUCAGCUGUCAGCUGCGCUCGCGCUCCGUUUCUGACUUUCCCACUCUGUCCCCGGUACCAUGGCGUCCAGCGAGGAGGACGGCUCGGUUGAGGAAAAGGAAAACAACAACAAGAAGAGAUCAAAAAGUGCCUUUGUUACUGCAUGGCUUACAUUUUAUAACAUUGCCAUGACGGCCGGGUGGCUGGUGUUGGCAAUAGCGAUGCUUCGGUUUUACUUACAGAGAGGGACACACAUAGGUCUGUACAGAAGUAUAUCAAGGACACUGAAGUUUUUCCAGACAGUUGCAUUAGUUGAGGUUAUCCACUGUGCAGUUGGAAUGGUGCGCACCUCUGUGAUCGUGACUGGGGUCCAAGUGUGUUCAAGAAUAUUCAUGGUUUGGUUUGUUACUAACAGCAUUAAGCAGAUCCAGAAUGAAGAAAGCGUUGUCCUUUUCCUGGUCGUGUGGACGGUGACAGAGAUAACCAGAUAUUCCUUCUAUACAUUCAAUCUCCUCAAGCACCUGCCAUAUUUCAUCAAAUGGGCCAGGUACAACAUGUUUAUUGUCAUGUACCCCCUUGGAGUGGCUGGUGAACUCAUGACCAUUUACACGGCGCUACCGUACGUUCGCAGGUCCGGAAUGUUCUCAAUGAGGCUCCCCAACAAAUAUAACGUCUCUUUUGACUACUACAUUUUCCUCAUCAUUGUCAUGCUCUCUUACAUCCCACUGUUUCCACAGUUAUAUUUCCAUAUGCUUCGUCAAAGGAGAAAGGUGCUUCACGGGGAAGUGAUAGUUGAGAAGGACGAGUAGAACGACCACAUAGCCUGCCUGUCUGGCUUUCCCUCAAACGGAAAGACUGUGCAGCCAACCACCCACCCGCCCACCUGCCCAGCCUUCGCCAAGCAUACUCUCUCACAGAGAUAUACAGGUACUCUCACAGACCAGGAAUUAAGAGCUACGUGUGAAACACUUUGGGGUCUUUUACUGCUGCAGAACACCCAGGGUGCUCGAAAUGGUCAGACUUAAUGCCCACAUACUGUUUAUUGGUAUAAGAAAGAAAUAAAUAAUUGUAACAUUACAUCUUGCUGUACUUUAUUUUUUAACAGGAAAUGUUACGUGCUUGUGGCGCAUUAAGCUUUUGUAUUCACAAUGUUACAAGAAUUUUAAAAAAAUGUAAAAGUUGUUGUAUUAAAGUCUAACAGCAUUCUAUACAGACCACCCAUUGUGCACAGACUAUUUUGCAUUUACGAUCAAACAAAAUUUAAAAUAUUCAAACUGCACGUAUACUGAUAAAAAUGUUUCAUUGGAUAAACUUAAAAUUUUACUUAAAUUUGUUACACCUAUAUUUUCUAGGUUUUCUCAAUUGAAAAUAUUUAGGCUCAUUCAAAUGGAUCUAAAAAUUUUCAAUUGAGUGAACUUGAGUAAAAAAUGUCAGUGUUACAAACUGAAGUAAAAAAAUGUGGUUUCUUCAAUAUCAUUUUUUUUCAGUGUAUCAUAUCCAGUAAUGCCAAACUUCAGUAAAAUGUUAGUUAUAUGUACUGUACCUGCGUUUUGCAAAUGUAAUGUUAAGCAGUCAGUUUCAUGAGUUUAGAACAUGCAAUAUAUAAUCUAGGGAAAAAAACAAAAAAAAAAUUAGAUAGCCAUCUGUAAAUUACACCAUUUUAUUGUGCAAUAGUUGAAAUUAGAUCUACAUCAGUAACGAUUGUAUGCCAGUGAUACAUUGACAAGAAAUGCUUAAGUACAGGUAGAUUCUGACAUUUACUACAUAAAUGAUGCAGCUUUUGGUUUCUAUUUUUUCCCCUUUCUGGUGUUCUUCUUUUUGAACUUCUCUUAUUUAAAAUGUUUACUGAACACUGUCAAACAAACUUAAAAAAAACAGCUCUUCUGGCACCUGUAGAAACAAGUAUGAUCUUUUAAAAUCCAUCUUCAACACACUAACUACUGGCAUACAGGCUUUUCUGUUUGUGACAUGUGUAUGGCAUCAUUCACCUUGAUGUUACUAUUUUUAUUUUCAAUGUAUCUGUAAUUACACAAUGGAUAACACACAAAGCAAUUUACCUGCUAUCAGAAACUCGGUACAACAUUUCAUAACAUUGAAUGAUAUGACACAAUGAGUAUCUUAUCAGAAAUUGUAAUGAAACUUUCUUUGCGGACAAAAAUGCAAGCUAACCGAAAGAGUCAAUCUGGUCUGAUUUAAGAAGAAGUAGGUUUCAUGAAUGCUUUCCAAUUAAAUCCCAGUGCUUCCUUUAAAAAGGCUUACAGUUAAAGUGGCAUAGUUUUGACAUUCAUUAGAAAAUUACACACCUUUUCAUAUUCAGGUCUUUCUAUCUGCAGCUUAUCUCAAAAAUGCUAAUAGUAGUGCAAUUAGAAGUAGCAGCAGAUGCAGAUUAUUAUUUUAUAACCAGGCGGAGGUCUUUAUUAAUUCUAUCCAAGUCACAAUAAUUAUAAUGUAUGUAAAUGCACAAAACUGAAUUCUGACAAACUGAAAAAUUCAGUGCUAUUCAGCCACACAAAUAUGUAGUUUCUUUUUGUAUACGUCUUUCUGAAUCCUUGGAUUAAUUUGGUAACUGAGUGGGAUACAUCAGUGUCAAAUGAGAAAAAAAAUACUUUAUUGAAAACUGUCCUUUGUAUUUGCAUAUUAUGUCACAGCCAUUUCAGCCCAGAAUCUGAUACUGUAACAUACAACCUUUUGUUUGUUCCCUCUACUCUAGAAAAGGUGCUACUGUGAAAUAAUUUCAGUCUUCUCUGUAGCUGAAUAACAGAACGACAUGUGGAUGAGAGAUUGUUUAAUGGCAUGUAAAAUGAGAGGUGAAAAACUGUGAAGACGUUCAUUUCAAAUGUUAAUUUUAGGCACUCACACUGUUUCAUGAUCCUACCAUGCAUUAAGUGAAUCAAAUAGUGUGAUUUGAAUUGGGGCUGGGGAAUGAAGAAUGAAUAAAAAUCAGAUACAAAACAAA